GUGUCCUGUGGCUGGUAAAGGUCUUCUGCCAUGACCUCAGCUCAGAUCUGCCCCGUGAAGCUUUUCCUCCUGUAAACAACAUCACCAGUGUGGGGUGACCUUUAGCUUGUGCAUCACUCCCAGCAGAGGUUGGCUCGUGUUUGUCCUGCUCAGUGGGGGCAGCUGAAGUGUAAACGAUGUGAGGUCAUCCCAGCCUCGAGCUGGCUGAGACUAAGCGUCCUUUUCCCUCCUGCUGUCACUUACAACGCAAAGAUGACGCCAUGCAAUUACCCACAGAGGUGUACAUGGUGGUUUUUGGGGGCCAUGUGUUUGCAACAGCUUAAAAAAAUACACUGACAACACUGCAGAGGAGCCAGCUCAUUACACAUCCGCUACGGGAAGCCUCUACAGAAACAAAUCCUGCUUCUUAUACAACAUUUAUCUCCCAGGACAGAGUUUCAGUCUCUCAAUUGAACAUGCUGAGGCAAAGUGAGAAAGUCACUUCCUCAGAGCCACCCACAAGUCCCUGACCAGGUCUUAAUUCGUUAGACCACGCUGCUAUGGUCGAGUAGGUUCAUAGAGGGAUGGAGCUGGCUGGAACAAGAUGUGUUUCAUCAGUAAAAGGUCUUUUUUUAGCCACAGAAAGGAAAGAUCAUUGCAAAGCCAGUUUGUUGGGUUGCUUCCUAAAAUUUGGUGGUUUGAAUAGUGGAAGCACAUCCAUUCACAGUCAUUUUCACUGCUUUUAAUGACAGCUGUUAAUAGCCUGUGGCAUUUGCUAGGGUUUGUGUCUGGAUUCUCUUUGUGUUUCUCUCCUUCUUCAUUAUUAUUUUCAUUGGCCAGGUUGUCUGGGAAGUGCAACUCCCACCCCCUCCCAGGUGAUAAUUUUUAUAAUCAAAAUAGAGCAAGAAAUCCUUAGGGGGGGGAGAAAAGAGUCAGUUCUGACACAAAGACCUGAUUAAAAAAAGAAAUCCCAUUAAAAGCAUUUGCAAAACCAGGCUGCUCCUGCGGUCCAGGGGUGUAAAGCUGUUGGUCUCAUGGAUGGUGUGGAUGAGGUGGAAUCCAGAGGCCUCUGAAAGAAAAAUUUGGGAAGGGCCUUCAGCCCCAUGGAGCAUCUGUCAUGGGUCCGACCAGCGGCUCGUGCGUCCUCGGAUCGUGUCCCCCGGAGCAGCAGCGUGGGAAGCAGGAUGGGGUUGUUUGGCAGCAAAAAUCAGCUGAUGCCCAGUGAGAAACACACUUCUGGAGGCAACACAAAAACCAAGGGCAAACCUCCUCCUGCCCCACCCAAGGGGAGACAAGUUAUCAACAGCCCUCAUCUAAACCAAGCCUCUGCACAAGAUCACUUGUUUGUGGUUGCACUGUACGAUUUUCCUGCCUCAAGUGACCGUGACCUGGAGCUGGUCAAAGGGGAGAAACUCCAGGUCCUCUCCAAAGAGGGGGAUUGGUGGCUGGCAAAGUCCCUCAGCACUGGGAGGAAAGGAUACAUCCCCAGCAACUUCGUGGCACAAGUGGACAGUUUGGAAGAGGAAAAGUGGUAUUUUAGAACUCUGAGCAGAAAAGAUGCUGAACGGCUGCUGUUGUCUUCUGGGAACAAAGUUGGCUCUUUCCUUGUCCGGGAGAGUGAAACCACCAAAGAUGCCUAUUCCCUGUCCGUGAGAGACAACAACUCUGCCCACGGGGACAUCAUCAAACACUACAGGAUCCGCUCCCUGGAUGGAGGGGGAUACUACAUCUCCCCCAGGAUGACUUUCUCCAGCCUGCCAGAGCUCAUCCAUCAUUACAGCCAGAAAGGGGAUGGGCUGUGCCAGCGCCUCACAGCUCCCUGCACAUCCCUGGUUCCCCAGAGACCCUGGGCCCAGGACGAGUGGGAGAUCCCUCGGGAGGCCCUGAAGCUCGUGAAGAAACUGGGCAGUGGGCAGUUUGGGGAAGUGUGGAUGGGCUACUACAAAAACAACAUCAAGGUGGCUGUGAAGACCAUGAAGGAGGGCAGCAUGGAUCCUGACGCCUUCCUGGCAGAGGCAAACCUGAUGAAGAAGCUGCAGCACAACAAACUGGUCCGGCUGUACGCCGUGGUCACCAAGCAGCCCAUCUACAUUGUGACAGAGUACAUGGCCAAUGGGUGUUUGCUGGAUUUCCUGAAGACAGAAGAAGGAAGCCAACUGAAUCUCCCCAAACUCAUUGAUAUCUCUGCUCAGGUGGCAGAGGGCAUGGCCUACAUCGAGCGCAUGAACUUCAUCCACCGGGACCUGAGGGCCGCCAACAUCCUCGUCUCGGAGACACUCUGCUGCAAAAUCGCUGAUUUCGGCCUGGCCAGGCUCAUCGAGAACGAGUACCUGGCACAGGAAGGUGCCAAAUUUCCCAUCAAAUGGACAGCUCCAGAGGCCAUUAACUAUGGGGUUUUCACCAUCAAAUCUGACGUGUGGUCAUUUGGGAUCCUCCUGACAGAGAUCAUCACCUUCGGCAGGAUCCCUUAUCCAGGAAUGACCAACCCCGAGGUGAUCCGCAACCUGGAGCGGGGCUACCGCAUGCCCUGCCCGGAGACGUGUCCCGGCGAGCUCUACAGCAUCAUCCUCAAGUGCUGGCGCAGCAACCCCGAGGAGCGCCCCACCUUCGAGUACCUGCAGUCGGUGCUCGAGGAUUUCUACACCUCCACGGAGAAGCAGUACGAGCCCGAGCCGCAGCAGUGAGCCACGGCCCCGCCAGCUCCAGGGGACAGCGCUGCGGGACAGCCAGCACCCGGAGAUGCCGGAAUUUCUCUUUCUCCCAUCCCCGCGUGGAGAUGGGGAAUGAGGAGAGACAUGAGGGAGGAGGAGGAGGAUGCUGCCGGCUCUGUGGUUGUCGCAAAGACUGAAGAGGUGGCUGAGAGGUGGCGCGGCUCCUGUGAGGGCUGUGCCCACCUGGCAGGCAUCACCUCUGGCACGAAGGACAGAAAACUCCUUCGUGACCCACCUGGAAUAGAGAAAAGCCCCUCAGCCGCGCAGCUGCAGCUCCGGGAGGAUGGGGCCGUGGCCAGGGUGGUGGUGUGGGGGUGAAGAAUCACUGCCCCACUCUGCCGGC